CCAGUAGAUUGUCGUUUAUGGAUCUGAUAAGCAAAGCGAGUGCACGACCUAUAAAAGAAACGACAAACUGAACCCAGAGCUAGUGUAAGCAUGAAGUUAUUCGCGUGCUUGGUAUUUUCAUUGAUUUGUUUGGGUCAGCUGGCCUCCAGCGACAAGAUAAUCAACUGUUAUUGGGGCACAUGGGCCAACUAUCGUCCGGGAGAUGGAAAAUUUGAACCCUCCAACAUAGAUCCUUCACUGUGCACGCACAUUAGCUACACGUUCUUCGGCAUCAGCGACUCGGGCGAGUUCAAGUCCCUGGACACAUGGCUGGACAUGGAUGAUGGUCUGGGUGAGUACCUGAACAAUUCCGAAUAUUUGUCAAUCCGUUUGAGUGAACUUUGCCAUUAUUUUGUAGGUUUCAUCAGCAAGACAAUUGCCUUGAAACAGGUGAAUCCUAAGCUGAAAAUUUUAGCUGUGGUGGGCGGCUGGAAUGAAGGCUCCACCAAAUACUCGGCAAUGGCUGCUGAUCCAGCAAAAAGGGCAACCUUCAUUUCCACCACAUUGUCCUUCAUCCAGCAAUACGGCUUCGAUGGCCUGGACUUAGACUGGGAAUAUCCUGGACAACGCGGCGGCAAUGAUGCGGAUCGAGCCAACUUCGUUACGCUUCUGCGGGAAAUUAAGGAAUCAUUUGAUCCGCACGGCCUGGAAUUGGGCAUUGCUGUGGGUGCCUCUGAAGCCUCUGCGACCAUUUCCUAUGACAUUCCGGCAAUUUCUCAGCAUUUAACAUUCAUUAAUGUGAUGACCUAUGACUUCCACAUGGCACUAGAUGGCUAUUUGGGCUUCAAUGCUCCACUGCCAGAGGUGGAAAAGUCUAUCGACUACUGGCUGCAGCAGGGUGCGCCGGCUGAGAAGCUCAUACUGGGCAUUGGCUUCUAUGGACACAGUUACCAGAUGGUGGACAGCUCCCAAAACCAGCCGGGCGCAGCCUGCAUUGGACCCGGUAACGAAGGUGUCUAUACGCGCGAGAAAGGCUUCCUGGGCUACCAUGAAAUUUGCCAAAACAACUGGCAGACUGUAUUUGAUGGCGAGAGUAAAGCUCCAUACGCUUUCCAAGGCGAUCAGUGGAUUGGCUACGACAACGUUGAAAGUAUUGAACUGAAGAUGCAAUUGGUAGCGUCACGAAAUUUGGGCGGCGCUAUGACCUGGUCCAUUGAGACCGAUGACUUCCGUGGCCUCUGCGGAGAGGCAUACCCCUUGCUGAAGACCAUGAACAGAGCCUUAGGAGUCGAUGUGGGUAACGGCGGUGGUGGCGGCGGCGGUGGCAGUGUGACUCCGGCACCUACACCCAGCCCGGCACCUACACCUAGCCCGACUCCAGGAGGUGGCGGUGGAGGUGGUUCCAACGAGAGUUGUUCAACCGAUGGCUACUUCCUGCACAGCAGCGACUGCAGUCGCUACUAUCAGUGUGUAGAUGGCAUUCGCUAUGACUUCCAAUGCGGAGGCGGACUUUAUUUCGACGUUAGCUCAUUGAACUGUAACUGGGCCUCCGAAGUAUACUGCCCAUACUAAACCUUCAAAAAUAAAGCAGAAAUCGUAAAAA